AUCACUAAUUGUGUUGUGCUUGUUGUCCCGUUUCUAUUCUCGUUCUCAUUUUGUUUCUGUUAUUUUUUUUUUGUUGUUUUUCGUUGGUAAUUUGAGUAAAGAACAUUUUGUUGACUAAAGGAGAUUUCGCUUGAACGUCAAACCUAUUUUGACCCAAGCGGCUGCAGCAGCUCCACCCAAGCUUGGGGCUGCUUUGGCGUUAGCAUCUUAAAAAUUAUUUGUCGUCGUUGCCGUUGCUCGUGUAUAUGUGUCAGUGCUUGUGUAUGUGCGUGUGCCUGUGAGAGAGUCAGUUAGAGAGAGAUAGAGAGUUAGUGAGCGGGCGACUUUCCGUCGGGUAAAAGGGCGGGCGAAAAGAAAAGUCAACAAACCUGGAACUGGAACUGGGAAAUUGCCACAGCCAAAGCCAUAGCCAUAGUAGCAGCAGUAUUAGCGACCAGGAAAGAAAAUUGCAUAUUACUGUGAAAAUGUUUUCCAAGAAGAAGAAGAAACCGUUAAUCUCAAUGCCCAGCAAUUUUGAGCAUCGCGUGCACACGGGAUUCGACAAGCGCGAAAACAAAUAUGUGGGUCUGCCCCUGCAAUGGGCCUCCAUAGUGGGCAACAAUCAGAUUUUAAAGUCAACGAAUCGUCCACUACCGCUGGUGGAUCCGUCGGAAAUAACGCCAACAGAGAUCUUGGAUCUGAAAACGAUUGUGCGUCCACAUCACAAUAACAACAAGGCGGAUACCACAUCCCUGAAUAGCACCAGCAAUGUGAACAACAUGAUGAUGAUGUCGGCCACGGGAGCGGCAGUUGGUGGUGUUGGCCCAGGAAUUGCGCCCAUGGCAACACAACAAUCAACAAUGCCAACGGGUCCGGGCAUUGUGCUGCCCAAAACAUCCCAUGUGGCGCGUUCCAAUUCGCUGCGAAGUUCCAGUCCACCGCGUGUUCGACGAGUGGCCAAUGUGCCGCCAGCUGUGCCAGAGGAGGAGCCAAUUGGCCAACAAGGUUUUAAGUCUCAGACAAUGCCACAUACACAUAGUCUAAUCUAUCCCAAUGGUGGAGCUGCCGGUCCUGGACCACUGGCCGUUCGUACGGAUCAAUCAUAUCGUCAAAUGCCUGGUGGUGGUGGUGGGGGAGUGGGAGGAGGAGCGGCGGGAGGAGGUGGACCCCUGAAUCAUCAUCCUCAGCAAACAUCGCCGGUGGGCUCUGUGGCUAGUGGCACACGCUCCUCCACUCAUUCACAUCACAAUAAUAAUGGUAACCAAAUAAGUUAUCCCCUUUAUCCUGCAUCCGCAUCCGUAACCGGAUCACAGCCAGUUACAAAACCCUUGGGCGAUCAAAAUCAAAAUCCCCUGCUCCAUCAACUCCAGCAGCAGCAACAGCAGCAUCAACCGCAUCCCCAUGCCAAGACAGCCUCCCGUGCCUCUAGCUCUAGUGGCGGAGCCAUUUCGCAGCAACAACAACAACAACAGCAGCAGCAACAACCACAGAAUCAAGCGCAGCCCAAGCAGGAGCAACGUUUGACCCAUGAACAGUUUCGCGCUGCUCUCCAAAUGGUUGUCUCUGCCGGUGAUCCACGCGAGAAUCUAGAUCAUUUUCAGAAAAUCGGCGAGGGUUCAACCGGCACUGUUUGCAUAGCCACUGACAAAUCCACAGGACGACAGGUGGCGGUGAAGAAAAUGGACUUGCGCAAGCAACAGCGUCGCGAACUCCUAUUUAAUGAGGUGGUCAUUAUGCGUGACUACCAUCAUCCAAAUAUUGUGGAGACCUAUUCAAGUUUUCUGGUCAACGAUGAGCUGUGGGUUGUCAUGGAGUAUCUGGAGGGUGGAGCUCUAACCGACAUUGUUACCCAUUCGCGCAUGGAUGAGGAGCAAAUUGCCACCGUUUGCAAACAAUGCCUCAAGGCUUUGGCCUAUUUGCACUCACAGGGCGUCAUUCAUCGUGAUAUUAAAUCGGAUUCCAUACUGCUGGCCGCCGAUGGACGUGUCAAGUUAUCUGAUUUUGGUUUCUGUGCCCAAGUCUCACAGGAAUUGCCGAAACGUAAAUCUUUAGUGGGCACACCAUAUUGGAUGUCACCGGAGGUCAUAUCUCGUCUGCCCUAUGGCCCCGAAGUGGAUAUCUGGUCAUUGGGCAUUAUGGUUAUCGAAAUGGUCGAUGGCGAGCCACCCUUCUUCAAUGAGCCACCAUUGCAGGCCAUGCGACGCAUACGUGACAUGCAGCCGCCAAAUUUAAAGAAUGCCCACAAGGUGUCGCCCCGUCUACAAUCAUUCCUUGAUCGUAUGUUGGUCAGAGAUCCGGCGCAAAGAGCUACAGCAGCCGAAUUGUUGGUCCAUCCGUUCCUAAGGCAAGCGGGACCACCAUCGUUGCUGGUCCCAUUGAUGCGUAAUACGCGACAACAUUCAUAAGAAUCUAAUCUAAAGCGAGAGGAUUAGCAACACAGCUUUUUGUUAUCUACCAUGCCAUAGACCAACAAACAAACCUACCAACCAACCAAUCAGCAGCAUGCGUACAUGGCUUUCUUUUAUCAUUUCUUUUUCUAUCUCUACUUACAAACUGAACAUGAACGAAAUUUCCAUAGCAGCAAGCAGAGAGAAGAAAGAUAUACAUACAUAUAUUUAUAAUUUUUAAUGUAUCAAAUUUUAUAGGGACGCAACUCGAAAUCUUUUGACGAUAUCCUCGUGAGAUGGUAACUACACACAGUGUGUAAACGAAAUGAACUUUUAGUAUUAUAUGUGUUUGUUUUUAUAUAUUUUUUUAUUUAAUAUACAUACCAAUGCAAUAGAAUACCAAUUAUUUACCAGACAUGCAAAAUUAUAUAAGUUUUGAGAAUCAACCAAUUGAUAAGCAUAUUUUAAAUGUCAUAUUUUAAAAGUCAUUCCAACUCUAAAAGUUAAAUUUAACAAAUUUGUUUUUGUUUUUUUUUUUUUUUUUGGCAGGCAGAUAUGUUAUAAAUCAGCAAAUUAUUGGUAUUCUAUUGUAAUUGAACGUUUUUGGCAACUGUACUUAAUAUCUAUAACAAUCGAUCUAGUAUCCUGCAAGUGAAGCAAAUUCAGUCAAUAAGAAAUUUUUGGUGUAAAUAAUAUUAGAAAGAAACAGAAACCGAAACAGAAACGAAAAAUAAGUUACGGUUGCGCUCUCUGAUUAUUAUUAUUAUUAUUAUUAUUAUUAUAAAUAUUAUUAGUAUUUACUAAAAAUGGAAGAAAACUUGUACUUGUAACGCAAUGUGCCUUUCACAUGAAUUCACACACACACACACACACACACACACACACAACUACCAUAAAAAUGAUUUGAUUCAAUUAAUAUUUGGACCAAGAAUCAAAAUUAUGUCUAGCCAUUUGACUUGUAUUAAACAAAUUAAGGCAAUUAUCUAUAUAAACGGGUGUGGUUAUGUGUGUGUGUGUGUGUGUGUGUGUGUAUAGAAACAAAAUCUGUUCAAUCAAAGAUAUAACAAAUGCAUUUUGCUCUCAUUUAAUAACUCUUGUCAAUAAUCAAUGCAUACAUAAAUAUAUAUGCGUAUUUUAGGGUAUAUUGUA